AAUACUUGUCUAAUUUGUGAUUACUUUUAUAAAACUUUUCACGCAAAAUGUGUAUCAAAUAUUGUACACUAAUGUAGUCCACAAUUAUUCUGACGUUAAGAUCAUGUAAUGUAAUGACCCAGUCCUGCUUCAAAAAUGGAAACCAAACUCAACGAUCAAGAAUCUCUUCGAGAGUUUCUAGAGGAAGCAGAAUUGAUGCAUUAUUUCGAGUUAUUCAGGGACAUAUUGAAAGUGGGUAAACCAUCUCAAUUGAAGUAUGUGGCCUUAGAGGACCUGGCCCAGAUCGGCCUCUCGAAACCCGAACAGAGGAGGUACAAGAAGAUAUACUCGAAGCAUUACCCGAAUACUUAUAUUACGAGGCUGAAGAAGUUGCUACAUGUCCAUAAGAAAAAUGAGGAGAUACACAGCUACAGGCGAGAGAUCGUCGUGUCCAAUGAUGAGCCGGAGUUGAAGUUAUCGAAGCACAUAAUAUCCAUAGAGGAUAUCACCAUUAACAAGGAGCUUGGUAUGGGACAGUUCGGCGUCGUCCAACAGGGUACUUGGUCUACAGGACGACAAAGGAUACAGGUAGCGAUAAAAUGUCUGGGCCACGAGCGGAUGACGUCCAACUCGACCGAGUUCCUCAAGGAAGCGGCGGUGAUGCACAGUGUUGAGCACGACAAUAUUGUGCGGCUGUACGGCGUUGUGCUACAUCUGGACUCGCUCAUGCUGGUAACGGAGCUGGCACCCCUGCGUUCUUUACUCGAGUGUCUACGCGAGGUGACCCUCCGCAGCAACUUCCCGGUCUCGACUCUGUGUGACUUCGCCUCGCAGAUCUGCAAUGGAAUGUCUUACCUGGAGCAGAAGCGAUUGAUACACAGGGACCUAGCAGCUCGUAAUAUACUAGUGUUCAGCAAGAACAAAGUGAAGAUUUCCGACUUCGGCCUCUCCCGCGCGCUCGGCGCCGGCAAAGACUACUACCAGACAAACUACAACGUCAAUCUCAAGUUGCCAGUCGCGUGGUGUGCGCCCGAAUGCAUAUUGUACCUUCGUUUCACGUCAGCGAGUGAUGUGUGGGCUUACGGAGUGUGUCUCUGGGAGAUGUUCACCUACGGCUUUCAGCCCUGGGUGGCCUUCUCCGGACAGCAGAUACUCGAAGCCAUCGAUGCGCCUAAAUAUCAGCGGUUAGAGCGGCCUGAAUGUUGUCCGGACACGUACUACGAGUUGAUGCUAGAAUGCUGGGCGCAUAAUCCGGCAGAUCGACCUAGAUUCAAGGACAUCGCUUCCAGACUAGAAACCAUGGCACCUGAAAGGGUAAUUGCUAUAACCGACUACAAGAAGCCAGAGGGGGGUCGUCGCCAAGGCUUCCUCGAGUUCAAGGCCGGACAGAUCUUUACUGUUGUUGGCAAAGAGCGAUUCACAAAAUCGGCGAUGUGGUAUGGUUCGAUCCAUGGCGGCUCGUGCGGUCUGUUCGACCCCGCACUCACUAAACCAUACUUGGAACACGAGCGCUUCCCAAGUCUGUCUCCGAAUCGUGGUUGUCUCCGUGCGUCAUUAAUGCGAUCAGACUCGAAACGGCAGACCAAGCGCAUAGACCGCAGUAUGAUAUCCGGCCCGCAGCCCGACGUGCGUCAUACCGGACAUGUUGGACUCGACGGCGCGUACUUCGGGAAUGUGCCUCUCCUGGAGUCUCCACUGUCGCCGCUGUCACGUCCUGCACGACCGACAACUACCUACCGCGUGGACGACGCAGAACCGUUGCUACCGCAGUCGCCAUCCCAUGUAACUGGUUCUACUACACCGUACCCGCUGCUCAGCCCAUCGCGAGAUAACGCCGGUGAUACUAUUACACAGACCGAGACUCUGAAGACUAAAGUUCUGAUGAAGGCGCUCAAGAGUGUGUCCGAGCCGACAACCAGCAAGAGUCUCUUCAACAAGGUGAAGUACGCGACUUUGGGCCGCUCGGCUAAGAACGACGCGGCUGCUGCCAAGCCGGCCGACGAGCACGAGUACCACGAAAUAUCAGACACUGACACUGAAAGCAUUGCAGCUGAAAUAGCACGUUCCGGCAGUUACCCCAAUAGCCCUGGACCAAACAUUCUAUCCGGGGAUUUUGAACUGGCUUUACUUAAACAAGUUAACGAUAUGUUGAGCAGCAUCAAUUCAGAGGACAAUGAAGUGGUAAAGAAGGAAGAAACAAAAGAAGAUAAAAAGGAAGAGAAGCGUGAAGAGAAAAGUCACGAGAAAGAAGAAAAAAAACUCGAGGAAGCAGCGGCUAAAGCGAGUUGUAGCGAUGACACUUGCACCAUGAAGCCGAUGUCUUCGCACGAUCUGAAGACCCUCGAUACAGCGUGCGCCAUGGCCAACGAGUUAACCUCCAAAUCGAUGAACGGCAUGGAGGCUCAAUCUCCCGGGCCGGCGAGCGACAGGCGGUUCCAAUUCAAACGAGCUCUGUCCUCGCUGCAGAACUUCGCUCACCACGACAAUUGCAAGGAGAGUUACAUGAGGCGGCCGGGGCGGCGAAAUUUCAGCGACGAAGCGAGGAGCGUCCCAGACAUUCAGGCUACAUUAACAGAGGAGAGUCGCCGCGCGUACGAGAGCCUGAUAGAGCAGCCGCCGCCGCUGAUGACGCUGGCCGUGGACGCCGCCAUGAGCCAGGCCAGGAUGCAGCACCUCCGCCUGUACACGCCGGAGCCCUGCCAGACCACCUGCCAGUCGCAGUCGAAGACCCUGCCGAGACCGGCCACGAUGCCGAAGCCCGCGCCGAGACCACCCAACGACUUCAGGUCCAUGCCGAAGCCGAUCAUGAAGACUUUGAAGCCCAGACUACCGACACCUCCCUCCAGUGAUGAUGACGAUGAAGAUUCAUCACUAGCGGUGCCGAAUCGCAGCAGCAAGCCGCAGCUGGUCGACCGGCCGCGCCACGUGCGCCGUCACCCGCUGCGUGACACACCGGACGACAGCGGUCUGCCGCCGCACGUCAACAUCUACCAGAAUACGCGACCUGAACUGGAGCCGACACAAAUAAUCCCGAUAGACGAGUUCAUAGCUAACCCGUUCGAAGUGGAUGUGCCGCUCGACAGCUCCAACCCGUUCGGCCCCUACGUCAUCCGACACGACAGCCUCGACGAAGACGACGAACCCAUUUUCGAGGAGGUGGAGCUGAGGAAGACUAGCGAUCGCAGAGAGCACGUAUCAGUCGAAGAUCUACUGGAGUUCGCAGAUCACAAGCCGACUUCGCAGGAGCGCGGAGUCGAGUCCGACGAAGUGAGAAUCAUGUGCAAGGUCCUCAAUAAUCAGGUGUCACCGGAGCUAUGUCUGGAGGCUCUCAAAUCCUGCGGCUGGAACAUUCACUCCGCCAUCAAGCUGUCACGCGUCAAAAUGGCAAUCUUUGGCAAAGCUGAGGCCACGGACAAGCAAUGUCUCGAGAUCCUCGAGCAAGCGGCGGGCGACUGCGCCAAAGCCGCUGCACUCAUCAUUGAGGGUUGUGAAUGAAAUACAAGCCAGUCAAAGUGGCUCUGCCACUUUGAUUGGCGAAAACUCUUUUAAUUGGGUAGCCGUUGGGGCAUUGAUAUUUAUAGAUCUGGUGAAUCUAAGAGCUCUAUCUCGACUCAUAUAUUAUAUAUUGUUAUUUGUAGCUUGAAAAGCUAUUCAGUUUUAAGGAUAUUGAAGCUAUGUUUUGCUUAGUAUGUUUAAUGUUCUCAGGAAGCUAAGCUCAGCUCAGGAAGUUAAGGUGAAGAAAAAACUUUAAUUAACUCAGCGAAUUGUAUAUAGAAUAUCUAGAUCAACGUGUUAGUUUAGUUUAAAAUUAUUAUAACUGUAGCCGUUUGUAUUUGGAAUCUGAUAUUUUUGGCUGGUGCCAAAUUUUAGUGUCAAUUGACACUUUUGCUUAUUGAUAUUAUCAAGAUUAUAAAAUCUUAAGAUUACAAAAAUCAUGAUUAUCUUUUCGAAUAGGUUUGCUAUGAGUCAAGACUGAUGAAUGGAAUGAGGGACUGUGAUGUAUGUUUUGGAAAUGAAUCUAGUUAUCUAUAAUAUUUAACUCUGUGUCAAUAUGCCAAGCCUUACCCGGGUCAAGGGUGGUACGUAGAACAUUUCUAAAUUCGUGUAUAAGAUAGUUUUAAAUCCCAGCUCAAACAGCGGGCACUGAAAUCGUGCAAACGAUUCCAGUCGUAGUAUAGUAGCUAUAAGUAUUUCUAGUGAUGAGUGAUGACGGAUGAUCAUGAUGAGUGAUGACAGUCAGCGGUAGUAUUCAGGGUUUCCGUUUGACGAGGAUUUGGAAACUUCAUCAGAAACUAAAUGGUGAGUUUCCGAUUCUAAGCAGAACGGGAAUUGUGAAAAGCCUCAAAUUUAGAUGAUUAUAUACAAAUA